CCAACUUCGCCAUAAGGCAACCAUAAAAAAAAAGACAAGCCAGUUGAUCAACAGCAUAUACUCAAAAUAUUAGAAACGACAAAAAACCUGAAGAGGCGGUCAAAAGGGGGUUAAAAAAAUCGGGCUGAAAGCGCAGCGCAAAUCAGCCCUUGUCUUGAGCUCGGCUCACUCGCAGCAAAGCAACCACAAAAUCAACAUAUAAAACCACAUAAUCAUGCCCAUCACAAUAUCAGCACCAAGGGCGGCGACCCGAAGUCAAAGAAUCCCGUCUUCCAGGAUGGACGACUCGGAUUCGGACUCGGAUUCAGACGCGGGCGCACAGCUGGCCAUGGCCGGCGGCGAGGGGGACAUUGUGACGCCAGGGCAGGUCAUCACUGAAGAUCCACAAUGGAUGCGCGGCCACGGCACGUACACCUUCCCGGCGUCGCCAGCCAUCAUGUCGUCGGUAGCAGGCACGGUCAGCCGGACCAACAAGCUCCUCUCGGUGCGGCCGAUGCGGGCGCGCUACACGCCCGAGGUGGGCGACCUGGUGGUGGGCCGCAUAGUCGAGGUGCAGGCUCGCCGGUGGCGGGUGGACGUGGGCGGGGUGCAGCUGGCCGCCCUGCCGCUGUCGGCCAUCAACCUGCCCGGCGGCAUCCUGCGCAAGCGCACCGAGACGGACGAGCUGCAGAUCCGCUCCUUCUUCGCCGAGGGCGACCUGCUCGUCGCUGAGGUUCAGCAGCUGUUUGGCGAUGGCGGCGCGUCGCUGCACACCCGAUCCCUGCGGUACGGCAAGUUGCGCAACGGAGUCUUUGCCGCCGUGUCGGGCACCGGUGGCGGCGGCGUCGUGCGCGCCAGGCGUCAGGUCUGGACCAUGGAGAUCGCCUCGACCGGCACUUCUGCGACCUGGCAGGACACGCAGCAAAAGACGACAUCGUCGUCGUCGCAGAAACCCCCUAGCAUCGACGUGGUGCUCGGCGUCAACGGCUACGUCUGGAUCAGCAAGCACGUCGAAGAUCCCACCGAGGGGGACGGGUCCGCCAACGCCACCGGCACCGGCAUCAGCAACAUGGAGGAGGCCGUAUCGGCGAAAAUGUACUCGAGCCAGAACGCCCCCAUUGACCCCGUCACCAUGCGUGAGAUUGUGCGCGUGCGCGGCGUCAUUACCGCCCUCGUGGAGAACGGUGUUCGUGUGGACGAGGAUAUGGUGGAGCGCGCGUACCGCGAGGCUGUUGAAAUGGCCCGCGCCUCAGAGGGUGGCGAGGAUGACAUCUACUUGGGUGGUGAGCGCGGUGCACAGCUGGCUGCUGUCUUGACGGGUAGGUAGUCUUGAAGGGGCCAGAAGUAGAUGCGCAACAUGAUAUUGCAGACACUUUCA